UUAUUAUUUUAAUAGAUUAUUGUCUUUUAAGCAAAAUUGGAUGUGGUGGCCCAGUGACUUAAUUUAUUUGGUUAUUCAUAUUCGUACUGAUGAAAAUGACAAAUUUCAAAACUUAUUUCAUGACAUAAUUUAGGUAUAGAAAAUUUCAGAUUAAGUUAAAUAAAUUUAACUAAUUGGGUGACUUUGACGACAGUAGGCAUCCAGUCUUUUAAUUGAGAGGGCUGGCAGUGCUCAUUCGCAUUCCCAGUUUAAAUGAAUAUUUAUGUCUAUUGUUGUCAAUGGCAGGCAAUGGGUUAAAUACUAUGAAAUUAAAAAAAAGAAAAAAUCUUUAGCGUUAUUAGGGGCGAUAACCAGAGUGUAUCUUUUUAUUAACAUUUAUUUAUGAUUUUAUUCAUAAAACAUAACUAAUGGUUGAUUAUAGGUCUUUAUGGGGUUAAGUUUUGUUUUUUGUUUAUUUUUAACCAAAAAUAUUCACUUGCCCUAUAAAGGGUGAAGAAGUCCACAAAUGUUGCCGAACGAUGGUCUGCACUGUAUGUUUUUUGUCUGCACUGUAUGUGUCUUGACGUAUUCUGUGAACGCAGGACGUCACAAGAACAAAAACGAUAUAAGAAAAACAUGGGCGGGGCCAUUUUAGUCAUGUGACCAAAAACGCUACCGCCACAAAAAACGACGCAAAAUAUACCGGAAGUGACGCGAACAGGCGGGAAGUUGAAAGUUAAGCGACAUCCUUGAGUACAAAACUAUUGCUUUAAAAACAAUGAAAUAAUAACCAGCUUAUUGAGAAAAUAGCGUUGUUCAAUAUACAAGUUUGUAAGUACCACCUCAGUCAUACUAUUCUAUGUCAGCUAGUUACAACGAACAACUAUUCGAUAGUUAGCUUGCGCAUCCAGCCAGCUAGCUCGCUGUCUUGGUUCUAUUCCAACUUCGAUCAGGAUGGCGGUCAACCACCUUGUGAAGGACUUGAAACUUUGGGCGACAGAAGAGUUCAAUCUGCCCUCAGAGUGUCUGCCGCCGAACAGCUACUUCAGAGCUUUGUGUGCUGGGAAAAGAACGUCAAUUUGGAAGUAUGUCAUCUGUCACGUUUUUCAACAAAGAACCGUGAAGCUCAAGCGAGACAAUCUUCAGUGGUACAAAGUGCUUCAAGACAAAGAGGCAAAGCAAAAUGAAGGCCAAAACGUAGUGGCUAAGAUGAGCGAGAUUCAGAUAGAGAUACAGCAGCUCAGGAGUGAGGUCAAUGAUCUGGACGCCAAGAUCAGAAGGACUGAGGAGCAUCUUGCUACUCAAGAGCGGUCCAUCAGUUCCACUUGGGCUGAGGUGGAGGACAGUCAGUGCAGGAGUUUGCUCCUCCACGCUUUCAAACAGCGCUGCGUGUCAAGUCGCAAGAUACUGUCCAGUGACAUUCAAGUUGUGUGUGGCUUUCGUCGGGCACUGGAGCUGUUGGCAAGGAAGGCUGAGGUUGAAGUACUGUUUGGGAAUGGGUUUUCCAGCAAUUGUGAUGUUGACACACUCCUCUUCAACUCUCCAAUGGAGCCACAAGUGCUGCGUCAAGUGAGACAGCUGUGUAAUGAGAGGGCCCAUUUGUAUCGGUCUUUACAAGAGUGUGAAUUGAAAAAAGCAGACAAUGGAUGCAUGACUGAUGGGACGAGGAAUACUGUGUUUCAGUCCUGGUUGAGUGCCGUGGAGAACUUGGUGGAUGCUUACCCUAUAAGCCACAUCCUCUCUGCAUUGCAACAUUUACUUUCCCAAGAGGAGGAGGCAUUGGUGAGGAAUGUUUCCUCUCAGGAUGUGAAGGCUCUUGGGUUGUGUUAUGAAACCAAUAAUCACCUCGACGUAUUCUCAGAUGAGAAUGACAACUUGCCCUCCGUUGAAGCCCUCUUAAAGGCUGCGUGGCAAGAGCUGGACGAUAGAGGUGUUGAAUUAUCCCUGACUCAAAACAGAGUCCAGCAACUUCAGAACCAGCUGGUGGAUUGCAGGACGCAAGUUGAAGAGAACAGUUCUUGCUUUGUUUCUGAUCACAACAAAGAUAAGUUGGCAUUGUCAGUUCUAGAACUGAACCUUCAGUGUGUGAUGAAAGCUGCAGCCAGGGACCAUAUUCAAGACCGCCUCGUCCAGCUUGACCAGCAUGCCAGAAGCCAACAGGAGGUGCUCCGUAACCUCCACAGCCAGUGGAAGAACAUUAUAGACUCCAGACAACAAGUGGUCCACAGGCAAGGACAGAUAAAUAGUCUUAUCAAAGGAAAUUCAUUAGUGAAAACUGAAUUGGUCCGUAUGUGCAAAGAGCUACAGGUCUUUCUGGAGGACAAGGUGGUGCCACAAUGCAAAGAUGUCGUUACAGCUACCAAUAACAUGAGGAACUCUAUCUCAAAGGAGGUUAAUCAGUUGAGCACCAUUUCGCUUCAAGCUUUGGACCGGAGGACUGUUAAUGGAAUGCAGAGAAUUCCCACAUCAUGGCUUUCCAUCCAUCGCUUACAGUCACCGACAUUUGGCAGCCUGUGUCUGAACAUGGCGUUCCCUCUCUACAGGGCUCCAGAAGAAUUGUGUGCCCAGGCGUGCUGUGACCAACUUGAGUGGCGUUUUCUCUGUCAGUUACAACAACUUCACUGUACCACGCUGCAAAAAUCCAAGGAUAGGGCAGCUCACCUGCCUGCAUCCAGUCACAAAGCCUUGCUGUCCAAAGUCAAAGCGAAAGAUGAGACAUUGUUGAAGUCUCUGGUGCCAAGGGUCAGAUUUCUUACCCAAAAAUGUGCAGAAAGCCUUUCUUAUGAAGAGAAGCUUCAAACGGCCAUCUCUGACUGGUGGGAUCAGCCAGCACGGAAUGUUGUACCUGAUGUCCGCAAAGGAGGACUGACUUUUCAGCAAUGGCUAGAAAAAUGGCGACUAGCUGCCAAAGUCUAGACAAAAGGAGUUCUAGCAUUCUUAACCAUAUACUGUAUAGGGUACUCGUUGGCUGCCAUUAAUGACGCUAGACGUCCAAUUGAUUUUGACUGGCAGUAGGCCGUCCCGUCUUGUCAAAAUGGAUUGGGCGUCUAGCGAUGUCAAUGCCACUGAGAGAUGAGCAUUCAGACAGUCCUCCCAUUUUAAAUGAAUUGGAGUUCUAUCAUUGUCAAUGGCAGGUAAUGAGUUAACGACAAAGAAAUUUAAAAAAAUAAAAUAAAAGUUUAGUUUAUAUCUGUUUUCAUUUGUAUUUUAUUAAAUUAUAACUACCGUAGAUUUAUUCAUUAUAUACAGUGAGGAGCAUUUGUUUGCAAUUACAGAUGUCAGACUCUUUCUGUGGUUCUUCACCAGGUUUUCACAUAUGGAAACGGGGGACAAAUAUUCUCUAGAUCUGUCAGGUUUCAGGGCUGUCGUUGAGAAACAUGAAGUGUCAGCUUCAUCCAAAGAUUUUCUAUUGGACUGAGGUCUGGAGGCUGGCUAGGCCACUCCAGAACCUUGAUAUGGUUUGUUACACUGCCACUCCUUGGUCAGCUUGGCUGUGUGCUUCGGAUUGUUGUCAUGUGGAAAGAUCCAGCCACGACUCAUCUUCAAGUCUCUUACUGAGGAAAGGAGGUUGUGGCUCAAAAUCUGACGAUAUCUUUCACCAUCCAUCUUCUGCUUUAUACAGUACAGUCGUCCAAAGGGAUGCAUCUGGGCCGCCCCCUUGCGCCAUUUACGCAUUUUGACAGCCACUGGCGCAACUUUGUAACUCCACUGCGCCAGCACCGGCGCAAGUCUAUUAUGAUAGGCGCAUAUUGCUACAUGAUCUGCGCCACAUAUGACAUACUUCUGUUAAAAUAGCUAAAGAAAUAAAUUUAGUUAAACAGCAAUUGAAAACUGUUCGUUUUCCUUCAGAGGUUUUAACUUUCGUCGUCUGCCAUCUUGCCUUACCGAUAUCUAGCCUAGAGGUUAGAUCGGGCCUAAAAAAUCCAGCCUGACCUGACAAGGCCCGCUGGUAUUGAAGCCCGACCCGGCCCGUGCCCGAUCAAUUAACUAGAUUUCCAGGCCCGAGCCCCAAAAACCCGAUUUUUUUUUUUAAUUUGUUGGAGUGACGCGGAAAAAAAACGCAGCAGCAGCAAUUUAUUUUCAUUUCUUCGAGUUGGCAGAAAAACACAAGUUUUCUUAAUGUUUAAAUAGUCUACAUAUAUUUAUGAUAAUUAUAAAAGCAUUUACACAACGAAAUAACUCUGGGAAAGUUUAAUAUAAUAAAAAAACAUACGGUUUUGCAGACACCUAGAGGAGAAGAUUCAAAAGGAUCACAUUUGUGUUGCCUUUGUGUGCAUAAAUAAAAGUGCCUUUCGUAACGAAUUCUCAGUUGGCAGAAAAAAAGCGCAAGUUUUCUUAAUGUUUAAAUAGUCUUCAUAUUUUUAUGAUCAUUAUAAAAGCAUUUACACAACGAAAUAACGCUGGGAAAGUUUAAUAUAAAAAAAACAUGCGGUUUUGCAGACACACAGAGGAGAAGAUACAAAAGAAUCACAUUUGUGUUGCCUUUGUGUGCAUAAAUAAAAGUGUCUUUCGUAACGAAUCGCAAGCGCCACGGCGGGAGGAGAAUAAGUAAAAGCGGGCGGCGCCACGGCGUUCAUGUGCGUGCACAAGCAAAUGCACAAGACAGAGAGCCGGCUCUCGGUUUUAUCCCAUUUUUUAAUAUAUAAUUUAUUAGUCCAGCGCGGCGGCCCAACCCAACCCGAACGUGAAUGGGCCCGACUGGUUGGGUUCGGGCACAGGAUCUAACCUCUAAUCUAGCCAUAAUCACUUUGCAUUUGUUUUGGUGCGUUCCAGUUAAAUAAAAAUUGAAUUAAAAUUGUUGAUACAUUAGAAAAAUAGAUUUUACUCAAAUAAUAGUUUUUUAUUUGCAAUUUAGAAAUAUCAUGCUCCAAUGAAUGUAUUUUGGUUUAUUUCAAUCAGUUUUGUAUACUUCGGCAAUCUAGUUAAAUCGUGCCCCAUCAAUUUUAGAAUUUGGCCCCCUUUUUAGACACAAGGGGGCCAAGUGGCCCCUUUUUUUAAAUUUCCCAGAUGCAUCCCUGCGUCCUGUUCUCUUUGCCGAAAAGCAGCCCCAAAGCAGGAGGUUUCCGCUCCCAUACUUCACAGUGGGGAUGGUGUUCUUGGGAUACUACUCAUCCUUCUUUUUCCUCCACACACGACGAGUAAAGUUUGCGCCAAAAAGUUCUACCUUGGUCUCAUCUGACCACAUGACUUUCUCCCAUGACCCCUCUACAUCAUUCAAAUGGUCCCUGGCAAAUUUCAGAUGGGCCUUCACAUGUACUGGCUUCAACUGGGGAACCGUCUGAGCAAUGCAUGAUUUUAAACCAUUGCACCGUAGUGUUCUACUUACAGUAGCCUUCAAAACUGUGUAUCCAGCUCUCUUCAGGUCAUUGACCAGCUCCUGUCGUAUAGUUCUAGGCUGAGCCCUCACUAUUCUGAUCAUGAGUGAUGCCCCACGAAGAGAUAUUUUACGUGGAGCCCCAGUCCGAGGUAGAUUAUCAUUCAUGUUUAGGCUUUUCCAUUUCCUUUCAAUUGCUGCAACUGUUGACUUAUUCUCACCAAGCUGCUUUCCAAUUGUCCAAUAGCAUUUUCCAGCUUUGUAGAGCUCAACAUUUUUUCUUCUCUGGUGUCUUUCGAAAGCUGUCUUGUGUUUCCCAUGGUAGCAGUUGGAUUAUGACUGACUGUGGGGUGCACAGGUGACAAUAUAGAGCUCAAACGGGUAGUGGGUGGGUGGUUACUCAUUACUUUUUUAAAGGUACACUCACAACUCUUUGAGUGUCAUAAUUAUUACUGAUACUUAUGAACCCCAGUAAAUGAUAGAUAAAUUAUUUAAAAUCAUACAAGGUGAGUUACGGAUUUUUUUUAGAUUAUGUCUCUGGGUGGAAACGCAUCUAUGAUUGAAAUGUCAGACCUCUACCUAUUUUCUAAGUGGGUGAAUUUGCAAAAUCACAAGGGGUGCAAAUACUUCUGCUCAUCACUGUAUAUAAUAUACACACACUGCUAAACAAAAUUAGAGGAAAAUGUUUAAAUCAGACUAUGGCAACCUAUCAAUCAAACUUUUCGGAUAUUGAUCUGGUCAGUUAAGUAGCAGAGGGGGUUGUUCACCAUUUUCAGCCUCUUUGUUGUCAUUGAAAACAAAUCAAUAACAGGUGCAACUGAAACAGUUCGAAAAACAUGAAUGGUUUUCCAGGUUGAGGCCAUUAAUAGCCCCCACCCCUCCAUCUCUUUUGGCUGAGUUUUUACUGAGUUACUUUUUACUGCUGUAGUUUUUCAUUUGGCUUAAAUCAACAUCUCUGUUGAUAGCAUGAUGCAGUACUUGGAUGCUACAGACGUUGCUCAGGUAGUCCAACUCUUCCAGGAUGGCACAUCAAUACAAGAAGGUUUGGUCGUAAGAAGGUUUGAAACAAGGUUUGCUGUGUCUCUGGCACACUCUCAAGAGAUUGGAGGAGAUUUCAGGGGACAGGUAGUUAGUCCGGGCGCGCUGGACAGGGCCGUAGAAGGUCCUUAAACCCUCAGCAGAAUCUGUAUCUGCUCCUUUGUACAAGAAGGAACUGGAUGAUCACUGCCAGAGCCCUAAAAAAUGACUUCCACCAGGCGACUGUUGGGAAUGUUUCUGACCAAACAUCAGAAAUGGGCUCCAUGAGGGUGUCCUGAGGGCCUGAAACUUAAACUGAACUGACAUCCUGUAGCUGGCCCUGUGCUCACUGCCCAGCAACAUAGAGCUCGGUUGGCAUUUGCCAGAACCCACCAGAAUUGGCAACUACGCCACUGUGCUCUUUACCUAUAACAACAGGUUCAACCUGAGCACAUGCAACAAACGUGAAAGGAUCCGGAGAUGCCGUGGAGAACAUGCUGCCUGCAACAAUAUUCAGCAUGACUGGCUUGGUGGUGGGUCGGCGUUAGUCUGGGGAGGCAUAUCACUGGAAGGACGCACAGACCUGUAAAGGUUAGAUAAUGGCACUCUGACUGCUGUUAGGUAUCUGGAUGAAAUCCUUGGACCCAUUGUCAGAACCUACGCUGGUGGAAUUGGACCUGGGUUCCUGUUGGUCCACAACAAUGCCUGACUUCGUGUGGCUAGAAUAUGUAGGCAGUUCCUGCAGGAUGAAUGAAUUGAUACCAUUGACUGGCCCCUAUGUUCACCUGACCUAAAUCCAAUAAAGAACCUCUGGAACAUUAUUUUGGUCCAUCUGGCACUGCCAUGUUGCUCCUUACUGUCCAGCAGCUCAGUGACACCUUGGUCCAGAUCUUUGAGGCGAUCCCACAGGACACCAUCCGUCACACAACACAAACUACUGAUCAGUUUGAGUUGAUGCUGCUGCAUCAUUUUUUUUUUUUUCACUUUCAUUUUUGGUGUGUCUUUGGAACUCUCUCUAUAGUGUGAUCAAUUUCAUUUCUAUCAAAUUAUGUGGUAUCAUUUUGUUACAAAUACAGCACCUACUUAUUACCAGGAAAGAUAUUCAAGAUCACCUUCCCCCACCCCUAUUUGAAUUGUUCCUCUAAUUCUUUUAGCAAUGUGUUAUAUAUAUUGCAUACAAUUACGAUUAAUAAUAAAUAAUAUAAUUGAGAUCCAGUGUUCAUAUAUGUGGACAUCACAUUUUGAGUCAUGAAGGCUAACACUAAGUUAAUGUUAACUAUUGUGGCACAUGUGACAUAAAAUGUGAUAUGUGGACGCCAGGUGUUUUUGAAGUUAUGUUUUGAAUUAACAAAAAUAAUCACUUUUCUUGUUAGGUUUAACUCAUUGACUGUAUUUGAUGGCAAUAGGCGUCCUAUCAAUUUUAAAUGGGAGGGCUGAAAGGAAGGAACAUGUUAAGUGGCAAAAUUGUCUGCCUGCCUUUAGUUUAAGAAAUGCUCAAGAAUAGUGGCACUUCAAACGUUGCAUUGUUAAAAAUGUAUUCAUCUUGUGCUGUUUUUGUCUGUAAUGUUGAGUCGUGCUAAUAAAUACAAUUUG